AUGGUCAUCAAGGGCAAGACAUUAUUGGCCAAUGGUGAUCUCAAACAGAUGAUUAGGUAUCAUGCCAAUCAAUACUUUAUCAAAGAGUAUGAUAGAGUCUGUGGUCACUAUCCAUACAACGAUACAUUGCUCGGUCUAGCAAUCAAGUACAACAAUAGAACAAUAUUCAAUCAUCUACUCAACAAUACCAACAUGUCAUUACCAAUCGAUAACAAUAAGAUCACAAAGGAAAUACUGUCACUUUACAACAAGAAUGAGAGUUCGAGAGACUUGACUCACUCACUAUUGAGAUACAUCGUCAACAAUGGCAACUAUGAUAUGUUGGUUGCCUACAUUGAGAUGACAGCACAUCAAUCAUUUGCAAUCAGUGAAUCACAGUUGUGUCGAGCAAUUGCACAUGGCAACGUCUCCUUGGUCCGCUUGCUACUCAAACAUACCAAUAUUUGUUCAAGUGAAAAAUGGAGUUACUUCCUGGAGAUCAGAUCAUCAUCAACAACAGAUAUCAAUCUUGACAUGCUCACAAUGCUUCACGAGGAGUUUGGAUACCUUGAUCGUCCAGUACUCUGGUCAUCACUCUUUGUUCAUGCUACGAUACAUAAUCAAGUAUCAUGUGUCAUGUACAUUCUAGAGCUCAUUCCCAAUGAGGUCACAACAGAGAGGUUGAUAGAGUGCAUGGCUUAUGUGAUGGCAAAGUGCAUGGGCAGUAAUGCAUUUCCAAUCAUCGUUAACCGACUCAAGAGACACAAGAGUCACGUUACGUUUUUCAAACAACUUUGCAAAAACAGGAUGGUCCUUGGUUGGGCACUCUCCAAUGGUCGUCUGGAUAUGGUCAACUUCAUCCUUGGUGAACUGGAUGGUGACAUGCACGUACAAGAGGUGGACUCUAUACACAAGAGUUUGGCAACAUCUGAUGAGCUGUUCAAACGUUUGGAGCAACAUCGCUUGGUCUUGUUAAACGUUGCGCCACUCAGUACCAAACAGUCAAACCUAAUCAAUUACACAUUGGAGAGCAAGAGUAUCUUGAUGAAUGCAAUCUACAAUGACGACAUUGAUCAAGUAACGAGGAUAUUGGAGAGAAUCAAACACUCAUCAACAACAAAGAUCACUUUGGGAGAUGGUGAGAGUGAGAGGUUGUGGCAUCGUAUGUCCCAGUCAUUGGGAAAGCAUCUUGGCAGCCAGGACCAAAUCCCUUUUGAUCUGUCAGACAAGGACUUUAAAGCCAUUAUUGAUUCAAUUGGUGAAGAGAACAGCAGAAUGAGCGAGGACGUUGCCAAGUUGUUUAUAUCCAAGCACAUUACUGUCAGAUCAUGGGCAAUCAAAGAAUAUGGAAUGAUUCAAUCUGCAAGGAUAUCAAUAUCAUUCAUGGAGAUGAUUAAGUCCCUAUACACUUUGGAGUAUGGUCGUGAUUGUCUUGCCAUGGCAAUCCAGCAUGGUUGUAAGGAGACUAUUCCACACUUGGUCCAGUACAUUGGCGAAGGAGUGCCCAAACACAAUUUAAAAGUACUCGAAGCAAUUGGACAGGUGUUGUCAAAAGGUUCAUUGGCUGAUGUCAAAUAUCUGUUUGAACAUCUACCAGAGAAGUUCAUCAAACAACUUCUGUUCUACAUCAACGCCAUCGAGAACACCAUUGAGGUGUUUGAGUUUGUACUCGAAACCUGGUACUCUUUGGAAAUGGACGGACAGGCAUGGCAGCAGCUCAUCGAUGAGGCAUACAUCAAGAAUAGUGUACAUGUCGUUCAAUGGAUGAAUCAUCAUCAUCCAUCAUACUUGCCCAACACUCGUACACUUCAGAUUGCUGCAUCAAAGAAUGCCUUUGGCUCGCUCCAAUAUUACUAUGAUCACCAGGCGCCAUCGCUCAAUCUGCCAACGCAUCAUCUGUUGAGGUCACUACACUCAAUCAUGAAUGUGGCAUACACCCAUGGACACACUCGAAUCAUUCACUUGUGUCACUCAAACAUCAUUAUCUUGGAGAAGAUCAACAAGCAUGUACUAGGAGUACCAGCCAUUUGUUCGAUCAAAGGUGGAGAGUUGUUAUCAAGACAUUCACUUCGACAGUAUCUCAAGUACGGCGCUACAGAUUUCUUCAACAAGUCGUUCCAAACAGUAUCAGAGUCAUACCCAUUCAACACUCAACUACUCAUCGAUUCAAUGUACCUCUACGACAUGAGAGCAACAGACAACAUUUUGGGUAAUCACCAAAUGUCACCUCGCUAUGAUGAUGGCUCACAUAUUUAUGUGAUGAAGUUCAUCGUAGAGUUCCUGUCUUGUUCACAUCCACUUGAAUGGAAGAGAAGGUUGGAGUUCUUUGCCAUCACAUUCCCAACAUACCUGAAUGUCGACUCCAUCUUGUCAAUAGCCAACUGUCCCACCACCCUACAACAGUUGCAUCAGAUCAGUAUUGACGCUGGCUUGGGAACGAUCAUGGUGGAUAGUGACUUCCCACGAUGGGAGAAGUCCAACCAGGCACUCGAUUUCCUCAAGGCAUUCCACAAGCUAUCAAUGGCUGGUAAUCUAUUCUGGAUCACUGCGCUCAAUCAAGCAGUUAGGAGCAAUCUAUUGCUAAUAGUUCGAUACAUUCUGGACAACAUCAUUGACAUCAACGAUGCCCCGCCAGCCAACCAUUCAAGGACCGGUGACAUUUGUACCAAGUUUGAUGGAGCGCCUGAUGGAGGACCACUCUCAACCGCCUUGUUCAAACGUUGUGGUGCAAGUGGUAGCUUGCAGAUGCUCGACUUGUUGUUGACAUAUGUCCCAGGUCAAUCUUUGGUCGAUGCAUAUCAACAAGCAUCACUACAUGGACACAUCAAUUUGGUCAAGACUCUAUAUAACAAGAUCAAACAACAGGUACCGCCUGUCAAUCACGAGUUCUCACAUCGCAAUCUCAAUGGUGUAUUGAAACAUGGACAAUUGGGUGUUGCACACUUUAUGUUGGACACACCAUUCGAUAUUGAGAAUGGCGAACCAAUGUUGGAAAUCAGUGACAUUCAUCCUGAUAUACUAUCCACUGGUCUACUUAUGCGAUUGAUCAAUAAUGUACAACUACGAUGCAGGUUCAACAAUGUAAUGGGCAGUGCAAUACAAUCUCACAAACAAGAUUGUAUUGACUUGUUGAUUGACCUAAGAUCAAGAGGUCAUCCAAUAUUGUUUGAUCGAUUGUCGACAUUGGAGGCAGCAGAGAAGGUUGGAGACAUCAUCACACCUGGCAGAGUACUCCACUACACAGAUGGCAAACUAUUCAUGAGGAUUGCUGCAGCAAACUCACUUGAACUAAUCAAGCAGGUACAUCAACUGUAUCCAAAUGAUGUUGCCAAUUUCCUUGAAGUUGGUAUCAAUGCAUGUGCGAUCAGAGGUGAUCUCGAGUCGAUGGAGUAUCUUCACUCAUUACGUGGAGAUCAACGUACAUCUGGAUGGGAUUGUCAAAGUCGUGAUCCAGCAACCAUGUCAUUCCUCAUUGACAAUGGAUACACAAGUCAUGAGGGUAAUUUACUUGAUAAUGCAUGUAAACGUGGAGAUCUUCAGAUCGUACAAGUACUACAUCAUAAGCUCAAACUGGUACCAUCAAUGAAUAGUUUAGCAGAGGCUGCCAAGAACAAUCAUCUCAAUGUUAUCAAUAACAAGUCUCUCUGUGAGAGGAUCUUCAAACAUGUUAGUGAUAUCCAUGUUGAUUUGAUCAAUAACAGAGUGAUCAAAUCAGUGAUCAAGGGCAAGGAGUUGUUGGCCGAUGGCCAUCUUGAACAAAUGCUACGGUACAAUGCCACUCAAUACUUUAUCAAUCAUUAUGAUCAAGUUGCCAAAGACUACCCACUCAAUGACUCUCUGUUGUCCGACGCAAUCCAGUACAACAACAUAGUAGUAUUCAAACAUCUACUCAACAACACAAACAUGUCAGUCUUAUCUUUUGGCACUAGCUCAAUCAAUAUCAACUUGGCCAAGUCGGGAUCAAUAGAGAUGCUCCAGACCUACCUUGAUAUGACAGGCCACAGACCAUUGUCAAAGGUUACAUGUCGCAAUAUCUUGAUGGCCGUCAACACUGGCAAUGAAGAGUUUGUCAAACUAUUUCUUCAGAACAUUGUAAUUGAUCAAGAGAGCGGAGGUUUGAAUAUGAAGAACAAAGGCGUCACGACAGUCAGCAUGAUCAAGCUGGUAUACUCGUAUAUUGGACAUAUACGUGUCAAGAAGGAGAAUGCCACCCAAUCUCGCUACAAGAAGAGCCCGGAGCCAAUCUGUCUAUCAUUGGCAAUAAGAGGUGCUGCCACUAAUGGACACAUUCACUUUAUCAAGUACCUCCAUCAACAUUUUAAUGGAGAUGGAACACUAUUCGAUCAAUCAAUUCUUAAUAUUGCAUUGGAGUCUGGACAUCUCAAUGUCGCCAACCUCAUCCCCAAUGAGUUGUCGGAUACCCCCAUACAGGAGGUACCACUCACCGUCAACUUGUUGCCAUAUCAAUCAUUCAUCCAAAGCUAUCUGGAACAUCCUAGAGUGAAAUGGUCAUUCACAAUGCAUGAAUUUGAUACACUCAUGAUCCAACAAUCACUACGGACCACUGUUCUCGAGGCCAUCAGCAAUGACAACAUCAUAACAGUCAAGGAUAUCCUACCGAGAUGUAAUCUUUUAGACCUAGGUCUUGACCUUGUCAUGGAUCAUAACAUAUGGAGAAGAAUGUCCAAUGAGAUGGGCAUGCUCAUUGCCAGUCAGACACAUCAACCCUUACUCCUAAUACACAAUGACUUGGAGGAUAUGAUCUGUGCCAUUGGACAUAGUGAUAGUAAGAUGACAGAGUUGGUAAUCAAGACCUUUGUAAUCAACAAUCACUUUGGCGCUGGACUAAGCAAGGAAUCAUCUAGGACAACCUCAACCGCACUGGUAUGUGCUGCUGGUGUAUCACUGUCCCUCAUGCAGUUCAUCAAAGAGCAGACUCAAGCAUUAUAUUCAAAAAAUUGUCUGGCAAGUGCAAUCAGCAAUGGUAUCAUUGAGAACAUCAACUUUCUAAGUGAACCAUCCCUCAGAACUAGCUAUGGUUAUUGGAAAGAUGACGAGACAUCACCAUUGAUCUAUGCUGUAAAGACUUGUUUGAACGAUCACCCAUUAGAGGCUGCCCGCGCCACCUUUGAUACAAUGGGUAUUGACUACAAUGGUCGUGUUAAUGUCAAACAUGCCAUGGACAAUGACGACAAACAAUUACUCAGACAAGCAUGUGAAUCAAAUUAUACAGAGACCAUUCAAUCACUUUACAAACUCUACAACAUUCAACCAAGUCUUGCUCAUUUGGAAGCGGCUGCAUCUAUCAAUUCAUUCAAAGUAUUGGAGUUCAUCCUUGUCACUUGGUCAUCAUCAAACUUCAUCACAACAUUGUCCAAACCAGACAGACUCAGGACACUGCAUUCUAUCCUCCACAUUGCCUAUGAUCAAGGAUAUGUCAACAUCAUCAGAUUAUGUAACACCAUAAUCAAUGACAUCAAUAACGAUAAGAAGAGGAAACAAUCAGAUAUUGAUGAGGUUGAACACCAACCACUACUUGUACCAUCAUCACCAAGAAUGGACAAUGCACUACAUACAGUGUUUAGGGACAAAAGAUUGUGUAGGAUCAUAUUGGCAAUGGUACCUUAUGUAUACAGGGCAUUUGGAAUCAAAGGAAGUCAACUGAUCAAAGGUGGAAAGUUGUUGGCAAAGGAUUCAUUGGUCAAAUACAUCAAGUAUGGAGCAACUGAAUGGUUCAUCAAGUCGUACAACACAGUCUCCAACGCAUAUCCUCACAAUCAUUCACUAUUGGAGGCAGCAAUCGAACGACCUGACAUUAGAAUAUUCGAUACAUUAUUACAGUCCAACUAUAAUAUAUCAUUGACUGAUACAGAUAAUGAUGUUAACGAGAUCAAAGACAUAUACAGUACCAUACCAGAUGAGAUGUCAGAUCGAUGGAUGGGAGCGAAUACUAGACAUGUACUUGGCACAUGUAGAACAGGCAUGACUGGCAUCGAUGGUGACAUGUUGACAGAGGCACAACAUCCAGCAUUGCUCAUCAAGUUGAUCAGUAUCAGUACCACCAUCCCAACAAACAUUACACCAUGCACCAGAGAGGGGAAUUCAAGAAUACUCAACGACUGGAUCAACAAUCCGUUUGCCAAGGAAUUGAUUCAAGUAAUGCUGCAACUUAGAUUGAUAUCAGAUGUCAUUUGGAAGCCACUUCUCAAGAAGUCAAUCAACAACAUCAACAAUAUCCAAUUAUCAUUAUGGCUAUUGGAUCAAUUUGGACCUAAACUAUCCAAAGAGGAUAUCAUCUUACACUAUGGCGCAUUGGGACAACAUGAGCUCUUGGACAAGUCACUGGAGGAUAUCAGAAUCAAUGAUGUAGAAUUAUUCAACGACAGAUCAUUCAUGGAGAAGCUAUAUAGACGAGUUAACAAGCGUGGACAUAUAGAAUUGGCCAAGAAGAUGCAUCGUAUCAUAUCAUCCAUGAUCAAUCAAGAUCAAGAACACCCACCUUUCAAGUCAUAUGGCAAUAUUGGAAGAGUAUUGGAGGCUGGACACUUGGAUAUGGCACUCUACAUGCUUGAAACUGGGACACAAACUACUGGAAUGGACAUGAUGCGACAAGGCGAUGAUGAUGGUGAUGCAGUUGGUGGACCAGUGAUAGUGAGUGAUAUACAUCAUGAUAUAUUAUCAAUCUCUCUUCUCGAGAUGCUACAUUCACACCCUGAUAUCAUUGUAAACAGUUUUAGCAGUGUGAUGGCACGUGCUGUACUCAUUGGCAACAGAGAUAUAAUUGAUUGGUUGGCCAGUCAUGAUACAAGAUUGUCCUGGAUCAACUAUCCAUUGGUACUUGGUACAGCGAUUAUCGCUGGCGAUAUCAUAACCACCAAGAUGGUAUUGGACCAUCCAGAGAGUCGAUACUAUUCAGGCGGUUUGACAUGUCUCCAAAUAGAUGACCUUGAAGUGCCUUUCUGGACCAUGGUUGAUCCAGCAGUUGGAUUACUUCUUACUCAACAUCCAAAGACCAGUUCCAAAGUAUGGAUUAGUGUUGGUGAUAUACACGAAAUCAUCAAGGCCGUUGGAAGACCAGGCAGCAAGAUGACGGAAGAAGUAGCCUGUUAUUUCAUCCGAAGCUCAUUGACACAAGAGGAUUUGGAUACAAAGGAGAUCCCAACACUUCUAAAGUGUGCAGCAUCAGCGUCGUUCAAUGUAUUCAAGGAGGUGCAUCGUAUAUUCAAUCAACUCCCACCAUACAUGUAUACUGAUAUCAUGCCAGAUUGUAUCAAACGCAAGGACUUGGAAUUAAUUGAAUAUAUACUGGACAUUCGUGGCACUAAACCUCCAGCUCGAACAAUGAUACGCAAAGGUACCAUUCAACUACUUGAACCAGGUCUUAUAUCACUAUUUUUGUCAACAAAGGCAUAA